AUGACCAACGAAUUCGCAAUGAAGUCGCCUAAGGAUUUGGUAGACGAUGUGCUUUUUAUAUCAGCCACCAACGAUGAUUCAGAAGAAAAACCCACGACAAUCACCUUCCAGGAAGAUGAGGCGCAUGAUGCUGACUUGCACAAUCGUAACCACGACAAGAAGUCGGACCUAGCCCUCGAAAGAGAAAUAAUGGCCACCACCACAGAUGAUGAUGGGAUCCCAUCUCCUUCCCACCCAAUGGAAAAGCAAGUUUUGCGCAAGAUGGACAUAUACUUAAUUCCGCUCAUGGGACUGCUAUACUUUCUUUCCAACUUGGAUAAAUCGAACAUUGGUAACGCAGAAGUCGCAGGGCUUUCGAAGGAUAUUAAUCUUGUCGGGACACAGUACAACACAUGUGUCACUGUAUUUUUUGGUACUUAUGUGCUUUUCGACCCUAUAGGUACCAAUCUUCUAAAAAUUAUGGGUCCGCCAUUAAUGAUGAGUAUCUGUUUGACCUGUUUUGGUGCUAUUUCACUCGGGACCGCUUGGGUCAAGAACUACGCUCAACUGAUCGUGGUCAGACUGCUGCUCGGUGCCUUUGAAGGUAUGAUUUAUCCCGCUAUCAACAUGUAUCUUUCAGUUUGUUAUAGAAGAGAACAAUACGCCCUGAGGUUUGCCUUCGUCUUCAGUGCAGCCUGUUUGUCUUCAUCCUUUGGUGGACUGAUCGCUUAUGGUUGUUCCAAGAUCAGUGGGGCCCUAAAAGACUGGCAAUACAUUUACAUUGUGGAAGGUUGCAUCUCUUUGGGGUUUGUACCUUUCUAUGCCUUCGGCUUGAGUAAAAAUUUGGAGGAUUCAUGGUUUUUCAACAAAGAAGAAAGAGAAUACAUUACUGAAAGAUACAAGACCAUGAACACUUUUAAUCCAGAUGAAAAAUUCGAAUGGUUCCAAGUUUGGGAAGCCGUUAAAGAUAUCAAGACUUGGGCCAGUGCUGUGGCUUUAUUCGGUAUCGAUUUAACCACUUUUGGUCUAACGGUUUUCUUACCAAUCAUUAUUACCAGUAUGGGGUUCACAAACGUUAGAGCGCAAUUAAUGACCGUCCCCAUCUUUUUCCUCACGGCAAUUGUCUUCUUCAUUUGUGCAGUUUGGUCCGAUCGUGUGAAAUUAAGAUCUCCAUUUAUUCUAGGAGCCUGUAUAACCACGUCGAUCGGUAUAGCAAUCGUCCUUGGUUCCGAGGUUCACGGUGUAAGAUACUUUGGUGUUUUCAUCCUUUGUAUGGGUAUUUACGUCAAUGCCGCUUGUAACUGUUUGUGGUUAAGCGGUAAUACUGGUAAUUAUUUCAAGAGAGCAACAGCUUUAGGUAUUAAUCUGUUUAUGGGAUCUGGUUCAGGUUUAGUCUCUGGCCAAAUAUUCGUCGCCAAAGACAAACCAAGAUACGUUAAGGGUUUGUCCAUCAGUUUAGCCUUCCAAGUCUUCUCCAUAUUCAUGACUGUCGUACAAGUUUUCUUAUAUAAAAGGGAAAAUGACAAAAAGAAAGCGAUCAUUGAUCGUUGUAAUGAAUUGGGUGAACCCAUCCCAUACGAUGAAAGAUUAAGCGAUAAAAACCCUGAAUUCAAAUACAUGUACUAG